GUCAAAUUAUACUUUUAGCCUUUAAAUUAACACCAACACGGCAGAAGAUAUAAAAAAGGACCAUUUGUGGAAAGGUCUCCUUAAAAAAGGACUACGGGGGUAAUAUUUGAUAAUAGAGGACUAAAUAUGGAAAUCCCCCUGUUAUAAAGGAUUAAUUAUGGAAUUUACUCUACUUUUAAUUACACAAUAUUUUUUCUUAAACUCUCUCCAAAAUCAAACCAAGAAAAUUAGUUUGAGAGGGAAGGAGGGCAACUUUAUGUUUUUGGAAUUUUUAAGGGGGGUACUAAUUGAAUUGGGUCCACCCGGUUCUUGUAUUCAAUGAUAUGCGUCCAACACCUGUCCAAACUUAUUCAACGCACACAUGGCCCUCCUCAGUUCUCUCACUUCUCUGUGUUUUGUCUCAUAGAGCAUAGCUUUAACUGGUUCCUCCCCAUUCAGAUUUUAGCUUACUCCGUACAAAGAUGCAGAUCCAGAAGCCUUCAUUUUUCAAGAUCUUAUUGGGCGACUUUGCCACUGCUCUCCGUUUGCCGCCGCUGUUUGUGGAGGUUUACGGGGAGAGGCUUUCGCCGACGGUGUCUCUCGCCACCGGCGCAUCGCCGGAGAAAUCAUGGGCGGUGAAGGUCGAGAAGAGCGGCAGUCAUUGGGUGUUGGGAGAUGGUUGGUCGGAUUUUGUGAAGGGGAACCGUUUGGAAGCAGGGGAUUUCGCUGUUUUCUGGCUGAUGGAUAAUCGGUCCACCUUUAAGGUCCGGCUCUAUGACUGCACUUGCUGCGAUAAGGAGCUUUCUUCCUCUUCUUCUUCGAGAUUCUUCUCCCCUGGUGGAUUUCCUGGUACAGGCAUCGAUCACCCUUUUCCCUUACAAAUCUUGUUUGAUUGAGGCCUCUCGGGUGGGGUUUGAUUCGUGCUUCUUCGAAUAAUAGAAUAAUAAAACUCCUUCCGUCUUAAAAUUAACUUCUCAGUUUGACUUUUGUAGUCAAACUUUUUAAACUUUGACCGUAUAUUACGUAAAAAAUACAUUGAAUUUUCAUAUAAAUUUAUUAGCAAUAGAUUCAUUUUGAGACAUAGUUUUGAAAUAUUUAAUUUUUAUAAAAUAUAUUUAUAUAAAAAUUGAGAUAUUGAUGGUCAAAGUGUCGCAUUGGAAACCGUGAAAAGUCAAAUGGAAAGUUAAUUUUAGGACGAUGGGAGUACUAACUAUUUUCAACUUUUGACCUAUAAUUAAAUAAAAUUUAUAUUGUAUUUUAAAUGAAUAAAAUAAUAUUUUGAAAAUAUUUUAUAUAAUUAAUCUAAUAAAACUAUUUUUGUAUCGAUAUCUAAUAUCAUUUUUAUUGAAUUUGAAAUCAAAGUUUGGCAAUUUUGACCGAAAAAAGUUAAAAAUGGAUUAAUACUCAGACGGUGGAGUAGGUUAUUUAGGAAACAAUUAUAAGUUUUCUAACACGCGUAGAAACCAAACUAAUAAUAGAUGCUGACUAAUAAAUAAAUAAUACCACGACUAAUAAUACCAAAAGUAGUGUUAUUAUUGUCUAACAUAUCUCCUCAAGCCUCCUCUCGCUGAAACAAGAGUAAGCUUGGACUUUAUCUAGGAAUUGGAUACACUGUAAAUGUGAAGGUUGAUUGCCAACUUUAAUUAAACUAGAUAAACUUUGAACUGCAAUUACUCUCAAUUUAUAUUGCAUAUUAGCAUAAUGAAAUACACUUUUUGAAAGUUCUCAAUACGAUAAAUCUAAUAAAGUCAUUUUUAUGUUUAAAUAUAUUACAGUGUUUAUUUAAUUGAAGCUCAAAUUUGUCCUAUUUGACCCAAAAAAGUCAAACGAGAGAAAUACACUGGAAUGGAGGGAGUAUAUAGGAAGAAAUCUUAAUAUAAGUAGACAUCAACCUAACAAUAGAAGCUAAUUGAUAAACAAACAAUACCAUAAUUAAUAUUGCCAUAAGUAAUACUCCUUACGUUCCUUAAAAACUCUUAUUGUUUUGACUUUUUUUGUCAAACAGUGACAUUCUUUAAUAAUAAAUUAACCAUAAUCUAAAUAAAUAAAUAUUAUAAAAAUUUGAUAUAUCAAAACUAUAUCUUAUGAUGAACCCAAUUACAUUAAAUUUAUAUUAUAAUUCAAUAUACUUUUCUCACAAUUUGUAGUCAAUGAGUCUCAUUUUUUUACAAUAAAAAGUCAAAAUAGUAACAGUUUUCAGGGACGGAUGGAGUAUUAUUAUUGUUUAUCAGUGCUCUUUCCUAAGGUAAGACUAAUUUCUAAAACAAAGAAAAAGAAAUGAUGGAGUUGAAAGUCAUUUUUAAAAUUUUUAAAAAAAUUUAAAAAAAUUAAAACAGAUUUAGCAAAAACAAUAUCAACUUUCAUUUUGUCGCGCAAACGGACCAUUCUAGUUAAAGAGCUAUUAGAGCUUAACGGCGAUCUAAAACUUGCAAAUUUAAGUAAAAUUAGGAUUAGUAAGCAUCAUAGUAAGUGAGAUUAUUUUGAAAGAUCGAAUAAAAUUUGGAUCAUUCUUGAUAAGUUUUCCAAUAAAAAAAUCUUGGUACCUCU